CUACAUCACAACCGACGAGGACCGCCGCCUACUCUUCGCAUCUGGGACGGCGUCAAUGGCACUGUGAUCGACGAAAACACCCGCGCAGAGCGCAGGUCUUACGGUGGAGCUGAUGCUGAUUUGUUGGGCAUAGGACUUGCCACCGGUGCUCCAUUAGACCUCGAAAAUGAAGGCGGUAGAGUAGUCCCUUACAGGAUACGAAAUAUUCCAAGAGCUUCGUCGCCGGAUUUGCCACCCGUAGCUGCAGUCCACAAUCAGCCACACGCUCGAAUGAAGAAUACAGUGAAGCCGAAGACGGCAUUCGAAAGGCUGGCAGUCGACUAUAAGGAGCGGUUGACAGGUGCAGGUGAUAUGGACAAAAUACUGAAGACGCUCUACUCAAAUGCCUACAUUGCGUUGGUUGACGCGAAGGAGGCACCAAACGUCCGCCUUCCCCUGAAUAUAAGACGAGCAGAGCUCCAAUACGCUCAACGGUUGCAAUAA